AUGAGUUUAUUUGGAGAAAUCGUAGAGCCAGGAACGAGAGUUGCAUGGGAAGACUGGGACGACUUGUCCCAAGGAACUGAAAAUAGCGAACUCAAAUGGACAAAUAUAUUGGAAGUGCCUGAUAUAGUUGAUCUCUUAUUAAUACUUGAUGGUAAACAUAUAUCAGACACAGUAAGGCUGCAGGAACAAGAUUCUAUAGUAUUAAUAAAUACUGUAAAGGAAGCUAGUUUAAGUCUUUACAAAAUAAAAUUAAGAAAUGCUUACAUUUGCAUUUUAAAGGAUUACAACUUACUCUUGAGUAGUGAGAUAGUGGAGCUACUUCGCGAUUUUAUAGAAAAGAGCAAAGAUAUAAUAGUAUUCUUAAAUAAGCCUCUGGCUGAAUAUCAAACCAGUAACCUAACUUACCAGCCUUAUGUUAUCAGGUGUUUAAAAACAACAAAAAGCUUAACAAAUCUUCAUGGGCUUAACUUUCCAAAAUUAGAACAACCCAAUAUAAUUUCUGGUGUUGCAGCAGGAGUUAUAACUUUAAGAGAACACUAUAAUUUAGGAGCUCUGGCGGUCGUAAUCUUUAUGGAAUAUUUAGAAAACUCACAAUUGGAGGAACUAUACAGCUUAUUACAAAAUCUGGAAAUUUCUGUUUCAACAAACCAAAUGCCAAACAGUGUAGCUAACUCAAACCUCUAUAUAUAG